AUGCCGGAACUGCCGCAAUCGCUCACGCGGUCCUGGUCGUCGACACUCAAACUACCCAAGUCGACGUUUCCGGCUCGCGUGUCCCUCGCCGAUCAGGCGAAAUAUCUGCGACGAUGUACUGACGACCUGUACGCAUGGCAGCGGUCUGCCAGGCCUGCAGACCGGACCUUCGUCCUUCACGAUGGCCCCCCUUAUGCGAAUGGCGAGCUCCACAUCGGACACGCGCUGAACAAGAUUCUGAAGGACAUCAUAUGCCGCGUGCAGCUGGCACGAGGAAGAAGGGUCAAUUAUGUGCCGGGGUGGGAUUGCCAUGGGCUGCCCAUUGAGCUCAAAGCGCUGCAGGCUCAGAAAGAGUUGGGUGAGCUGAAAGGCACAGCCGGCGCUGCGGUGAUCCGGAAAGCUGCGCGAGAGCUGGCGGAGAGAACUGUUGCGGAGCAAAUGAAGGGUUUCCGCGGCUGGGCUAUCAUGGGAGAUUGGGAGGGUCAUUGGAAGACAAUGGACAAGGGCUUUGAAAUGAAGCAGCUGGCGGUGUUUCGGGAGAUGGUGGACAGAGGUCUGAUAUAUCGAAGAUUCAAGCCUGUCUACUGGUCGCCGUCAACGGGCACAGCACUCGCGGAGGCAGAACUGGAAUAUAAGGACGACCAUGUGUCAACUGCAGCCCUCGUCAAGUUCCCGCUUGUCACAGUUCCAUUACAAUUGAAGGAUAACGCGUCAGUGGAUCUUACAAAGCUGAGUGCCGUUAUCUGGACCACUACUCCCUGGACGCUUCCUGCUAAUGCCGCUAUUGCGGUUAGCGACUCGCUCGAGUACAUGGUUGUCCACUCCGACAGACACGGCCAGCUACUCAUCGCGAAAUCUCGUUUGGAGUAUCUCCAGGAAAUGUUGAGAGAAGAGCUUCCUGUUAUUGUGCCAUCCAUUCCGGGUUCUGAGCUACAGGGUCAAACGACUUACAGGCCUCUGUUCCAACGACCGGGUAUCGAGGAACAGCCGAUCAUUGCAGCGGAUUUUGUUACGGCCGAUUCGGGGUCCGGACUGGUCCAUUGCGCUCCAGGUCAUGGCAUGGAGGAUUAUGAAGCCUGUCUUGCUCACGGAAUUCCCGCGUUCGCUCCAGUCAACGAUGAGGGCAGGUUCACGGACAAGGCAAUGCCUAGUGACCCAGCUAGACUAAGUGGGAAGAGUGUCCUGGAAGAUGGGAACGCUGCUGUCCUGGAGUACGUUGAAUCGGAAGGCCGGCUGCUCACCAAGCAUCGAUACCAACACAAGUAUCCCUAUGACUGGCGAUCCAAGCGUCCUAUCAUUAUCCGUGCUACCGAGCAGUGGUUCGCUGAUGUGGCCGACAUCCGGGAAGCUGCCGUGGCGGCAUUGGAAGAUGUGCGCUUCAUUCCCUCUUCCGGCAAACUGCGACUAGAAAGCUUUGUGAAGAACCGGAGUGAGUGGUGCAUCUCCCGUCAACGUGCGUGGGGUGUCCCUAUUCCAGCCCUUUACCACCGCGGGACAGGUGAGGCUGUCUUGACGAAGGAGAGCGUGUCACAUAUUAUGAGCGUGAUCGAAGAGCGUGGUAUCGACGCUUGGUGGACGGAUGACCCAGACGAUCCAGCAUGGAUACCUGCUUCACUCCAACAGUCUUCUUCGCCGGGCUACCGACGGGGCACUGAUACUAUGGAUGUGUGGUUUGACAGUGGGACCAGUUGGACCCAGAUAGAGGACGCGUCUCCUGGACGUGACCGCCCUGCAGAUGUCUAUCUUGAAGGAACGGAUCAGCACCGAGGAUGGUUCCAAUCGGGGCUACUGACAUACAUCGCCCACCAGCUCGCUUCAGAUAUGACCAAGGUGCCAAAGGCGCCGUUCAAGCACCUUAUCACCCAUGGCUUUACUCUGGACCAAGAUGCGCGCAAGAUGAGCAAGUCCAUUGGUAACGUCAUCCACCCGGAUGCCAUCAUGGAUGGAACCCUUCUACCUCCUCUGAAACAGAAGAAAGGCAAAGGUAAGAACCAAGCGCAAUCCACCGGCCCGGUUUACGAUGCACUCGGGCCGGAUGCGCUUCGCCUCUGGGUCGCAAGCAGCGAUUACACUCGGGACGUAAUGAUCGGCCAGCAGGUGCUCCAGACAGUUCACACUAGCCUGCAUAAGUACCGCGUGACGUUCAAGCUCUUGCUGGGUGCCUUGGGAGACUUUGAUGCGAGCAAGGUUCGUCCGUACCAGGAUCUGCAUAAAAUCGACCGUAUCGCGCUCUUGCACCUGGCGAAUCUGGUCGACACGUGCCGGAACGCGUGUGACAAUUUCGAGUUCUACAAGGCUGUCAAUGCCCUGAACCGAUGGGCACAUCUCGAAUUCUCGGCGUUCUACAUGGAAACGAUCAAGGACCGGCUCUACACAGAAGCUGAAGAUAGCCCGAGCAGGCGGGCGGCACAGACGACCCUUUAUCACAUCUAUAAUUACUUGCAGGAGGUGCUGGCUCCCAUUACUCCCAUGCUCAUUGAGGAGUCCUGGGAACACGCCCCCGCAGUGAUCAAGGAUCAAUGUGAACAUCCUCUCAGACGCAUCGCAGCUGUGCCACCAUCUGAAUGGCACAACGACGCUCUCGAAAAAGAUUUCCUUGAUCUAAUGGCCGUCAAUUCCGUCAUCAAGGCUGUGCAAGAGAAGGCUCGGUCUAAGAAAGAAAUGGGCUCGUCGCUGCAGUCAUUUAUUCACAUCUGGGUCCCUGAGAAGACUGUUGACGAGUCCGUCUUUCACCGGUACCUCGAUGAACUCCCCGACUUCUUCGUCGUGUCCUCAGUGACGCUCAGCGCGCAGGGCGAACCAGGGCCGGCGAACAUGUCCAAGGCGGAAUGGAGUUACACCGAAGAGUUUGAGCUACCGAAUGGACAGAAGGGGACUGUCAGUGUUUAUGCACCACUGGACCCGAAAUGUCCUCGGUGCUGGAGAUAUGUGGUGCCGGAGCCGGCGCCGAACGAAGACGGACUCUGUGAGCGAUGUGAGGAUGUAGUCCGGGCGCUUGAUGCCUCAACACUUGAAACCACGCCUACGGAGCAGUAG